AUGUUUCGGACAAAAGUUGUUCGUUGUUCGGAAGUUGCGAAGUUAAUUGACGAGCUAAAAUAUACGAAACAGACACUGCAGACUUUAAAGGAUCAAGAUUAUUCCAACAAAACUGUUAUUGAUGAAUAUAAAAAGUCUACGGAGAAACUUGAAAAACAAUUAGCAGUGGCUGCAGAAGAAAAACGAAAGAUAGAAGCAACUUUACUGAACUUCAAUGCAUCUAUCGAACAGAAGAUUGCAAGCUACAAACGUGAAGUUGAUCAAUUGGACAAGAAUCGAUCAAUUGCAGAGGCUAAUGCUCAACAGUAUUCACAGAAACUGAAGGCAUCUCAGGAAAAAUUAGAUAAUUAUAGAAAAUAUAUGGAAAAGACACUGCAGACUUUAGAGGAUCAAGAUUAUUCGAACAAAACUGUUAUUGAUGAAUAUAAAAAGUCUACGGAGAAACUUGAAAAACAAUUAGCAGUGGCUGUAGAAGAGAAACGAAAGAUAGAAGCAACUUUACUGAACUCCAAUGCAUCUAUCGAACAGAAGAUUGCAAGCUACAAACGUGAAGUUGAUCAAUUGGACAAGAAUCGAUCAAUUGCAGAGGCUAAUGCUCAACAGUAUUCACAGAAACUGAAGGCAUCUCAGGAAAAAUUAGAUAAUUAUAGAAAAUAUAUGGAAAAGACACUGCAGACUUUAGAGGAUCAAGAUUAUUCGAACAAAACUGUAAUUGAUGAAUAUAAAAAGUCUACGGAGAAAUUUGAAAAACAAUUAGUAGUGGCUGCAGAAGAAAAACGAAAGAUAGAAGCAACUUUACUGAACUCCAAUGCAUCAAUCGAACAGAAGAUUGCAAGCUACAAACGUGAAGUUGAUCAAUUGGAGAAGAAUCGAUCAAUUGCAGAGACUAAUGCUCAACAGUAUUCACAGAAACUGAAGGCAUCUCAGGAAAAAUUAGAUAAUUAUAGAAAAUAUAUGGAAAAGACACUGCAGACUUUAGAGGAUCAAGAUUAUUCGAACAAAACUGUUAUUGAUGAAUAUAUCAUAUAA